AUGGCCUCCCGUCCAGAGCUCAAAGUCGAGGAUGAGGCGGGUUUCGUGAAGACGUUCCACCAGCUGGAAAUUGGAAAGCCGACAGAUACCAUACGCAUCUUCGACCGCGGCGACUUCUUAUCUGCCCAUGGUGACGAUGCCGAAUACAUUGCGCGAAUACAAUACAAGACAACCUCCGUGCUCAAGACAUUGGGCAAGAACCUUCAAUCGGUGACCAUGACAGUCACUGUUUUUCGUACAUUUCUCAGAGAAGCCAUCUUCCGAUUGGGGAAGCGAAUAGAAGUUCUGGCAACUACCGGCCGAAAUCAGUGGAAAGUGAUCAAGCAAGCCUCACCUGGCAAUCUCCAGGACAUCGAAGAUGACCUAGGUGGCCAUGUCGAGUCUGCGCCCAUCAUAUUAGCAGUGAAGGUGUCUGCGAAGGCGAAUGAAGCUCGCAAUGUCGGCGUGUGCUUUGCAGAUGCUAGUGUGCGCGAGCUUGGAGUCAGCGAGUUUGUGGACAAUGACAUCUACUCCAAUUUCGAAUCACUCAUCAUUCAGCUCGGUGUCAAGGAGUGUUUGGUGCAGGUUGAUAUCACCAAGAAGGAUGCAGAACUUCACAAGCUCCGCACGAUCGCGGAUAAUUGCAACUGUGCUGUGUCAGAACGACCCGCUGGCGACUUUGGAAAGCAAGACAUCGAACAAGAUCUCACAAGACUGCUGCGAGACGAGAAAGCUAGUGGCACUCUCCCACAGACCGACCUGAAGCUUGCGAUGGGAUCAGCCGCGGCUCUGAUCAAGUACCUUGGAAUCAUGUCUGAUCCCAGCAAAUUCGGUCAGUUUCAGCUAUAUCAGCACGAUCUCAGCCAAUACAUGAAGCUCGACUCGUCAGCAUUGAAGGCCUUGAAUCUGAUGCCAGGACCUCGGGACGGUGCGAAGACAAUGAAUCUUUACGGUCUCCUCAACUCUUGCAAGACACCAGUCGGCAGCAGGUUACUCGCUCAGUGGCUGAAGCAGCCUCUCAUGAGUCAAGUGGAGAUUGAGCGGCGGCAACAGUUGGUGGAAGCCUUCGUGAAUGACACAGAAUUGAGGCAGACCUUACAAGAGGAGCAUCUUCGAUCGAUACCUGAUCUGUAUCGGUUGGCCAAGAAGUUCCAACGAAAGAAAGCCACGCUGGAAGAUGUCGUUCGAGCAUAUCAGGUUGCUAUCCGCUUGCCUGAUUUCAUCGGCACAUUCGAAGGAGUGAUGGACGAGACAUAUAAAGACGCCCUCGACCAAGAGUACACAAACAAGCUUCAGGAGUUCUCCAACAGCCUCGGCAAGCUGCAAGAAAUGGUCGAGACAACAGUAGACCUAGAUGCCAUGGACAACCAUGAGUUCAUCAUCAAGUCAGAGUUCGAUGACACACUUCGCGUGAUACGGAAGAAGCUCGACAAACUACGCUACGAGAUCGAUAGAGAGCAUCAAGAUGCCGGCGCCGACCUAAAUCAAGACACCGAGAAGAAGCUACUACUCGAGCACCACAAAGUACAUGGCUGGUGCCUGCGUCUCACCAGGAACGAGGCAGCUGUCAUUCGGAACAAGAAGAAGUAUCAAGAAAUUUCGACUCAGAAGAAUGGCGUGUACUUCACGACGACUAAGCUUACGGAGAUGAGGCGUGAGUUUGAUCAACUAUCCGAGAACUACAAUCGCACACAAAAUGGUCUGGUGAAUGAGGUCGUCAACGUUGCCGCUUCGUACUGUCCAGUCAUUGAGAAGCUUGCCGGAGUCCUUGCACAUCUGGAUGUGAUUGUCAGUUUCGCUCACGUCUCGGUGCAUGCGCCAACAGCAUAUGUACGACCGAAGAUCCAUCCUCGAGGCACUGGCAGCACAAUACUCAAGGAGGCGCGUCACCCGUGUAUGGAGAUGCAAGACGACGUUCAGUUCAUCACCAACGAUGUGUCGCUAGUGCGGGAGGAGUCCGAAUUCCUCAUCAUCACUGGACCAAACAUGGGCGGCAAGUCGACAUAUAUCCGACAAAUAGGCGUCAUUGCUCUCAUGGCACAAAUAGGCUGCUUCGUGCCAUGCUCAGAAGCCGAACUCACACUCUUCGACUGCAUUCUGGCAAGAGUCGGAGCAAGUGACAGCCAGCUCAAAGGUGUCAGCACCUUCAUGGCAGAAAUGCUGGAGACUAGCAACAUCCUCAAGACUGCCACGAAAGAGUCGCUUGUCAUCAUCGAUGAGCUCGGCCGUGGGACGAGCACAUACGACGGCUUCGGCUUGGCAUACGCGAUCAGCGAGCACAUUAUCAAAGAGAUCGGUUGCUACUCGAUGUUUGCAACCCACUUCCACGAGUUGACCUCGCUGGUCGAUACAUAUCCUCAAGUCCAGAACUUGCACGUGGUAGCGCAUAUCGGCGAUGGCGAAGACGCGGUCAUGAACGGUGACAGCACCAACAGCCGACGACGUGAGGUCACGUUGCUGUACAAAGUCGUACCUGGCAUCAGCGACCAGUCCUUUGGUAUCCACGUUGCGGAGCUCGUGCGCUUCCCUCAGAAGGUCGUGAAUAUGGCGAAGCGGAAAGCGGAUGAGCUUGAGGACUUCUCGGGUAAGCGUGAGGAGCUGAAGGCGCAGGCGAGCAAAGAUGAAGUGGAGCAGGGUAGCAUGAUGCUGAAGGAGGUCUUGCGGAAGUGGAAAGAUCAAGUCGAGGCAGAGAAUCUGGGCAAAGAGGAACAGAUCCAGCGCAUGAAGGAUCUGGUGCAGGGGAAUGAGGCGUUGCUUGCGAAUCCGUUUUUUCAGAGCGUGAAGGCGCUGUAA